GCGCCGGGCUCUAUGAGGGGCACUGGUGGCGCUGACGGGUCCGCGGGUGGGCCAUAAUGCCGUGACCGGACAGCAACGGGAGAACGCGCAUGGCUCCACCUGCCGGGCGGAGUGAGACAGAACGGCGCUCACCCGCAGCCACUUCCGCGACCUACGGCAGCCGGCGGGGGUCAAGCGACGAGCGGCGGCGCUGCGUGUGUGCGUCACUGCGUAUGUGCGCCACUUCCGGCUGGCGGCGGCGGCGGGAGCACCAUGCCCAAGUUUUACUGUGAUUACUGUGACACGUACCUCACCCAUGACUCGCCCUCCGUGAGAAAAACCCACUGCAGCGGCCGGAAGCACAAAGAGAACGUGAAAGACUAUUACCAGAAAUGGAUGGAGGAGCAAGCCCAGAGCCUGAUUGAUAAAACAAUAGCGGCUGCAUUCCAGCAAGGGAAAAUUCCACCGACGCCGUUUUCGGCACCACCUCCAGCUGGAGCCAUGAUUCCRCCUCCUCCCAGCAUCCCUGGCCCCCCCCGGCCUGGCAUGAUGCCAGCCCCACACAUGGGGGGGCCCCCGAUGAUGCCAAUGAUGGGCCCACCCCCCCCGGGAAUGAUGCCAGUCGGACCUGCUCCCGGGAUGAGGCCACCCAUGGGAGGACACAUGCCAAUGAUGCCAGGGCCCCCAAUGAUGAGACCCCCCUCCAGACCCAUGAUGGUGCCAACCAGGCCAGGAAUGACCCGUCCAGACAGAUAAAGGUGGAGAUGAAGCUGCCAUUUCAUAUUAGGACCUUCCCUAUGAUAAAUGCCACAGACCUGUGUCCCCUGGGGUUUUGUACUCAGUGUGUGGAGGGACUCUGCUGUCACCUCAGCGUGCG